AUUCCUAGCGUCCCUCGGGGCUGUUGCGACCCUUGGCUGCUAAACAAACAAGUUGGUAUUGAUUUCAGGGGUUAGUUGCGACUCGAUCCUUCAGCAGCAUGGCCAGCCUGUCUCUCCUGCGGAUAUUUUUUGAAGUCAGCCGCCUGAUUGGACUCAGCAACCUGCACUACGAUCACCGGAAGCAGUUCUUCAGGCAUGACCAUGUGCCCACCAUUGCCUACUGUCUCCUCCUCGAUGUGGCCUACGUUUUGGUCCUGCCCAUUGCCACUGUCGUUCUGACAGGCAACCUAUACACUUGUCCGGACAUGGGCAUGUUUGCAGCCGUCUACAAUGUAGUGGGCUUGGUCAAGCUGGUAACCGUAGUGCUCCUCAUGGGCAGUGUGUGGUUCCAGCGGCGCCGAUUGCAGAACCUGGGCAAUGAGUUCCUGGCCAUGCUCCGCCGGUUCAGGUUCGCGAUGGGCAAUGAUUGCCGAAGACGUUGCCUGUGGAAGCUACUGCUCACAACCUCCCGGUUUGUGCUGAUGGUGCAGCAGCUCCUGGUUCGGGACUCGCUCAUAAAAUGUAAAAUGAGUUCAAAGUUCGAACGGUCGUUGGCUCCAAUUUUUUCGGCAGCCAUGGUGUUCUCCCUUCUCAUGCUCCUCCUUGUGAGCUAUGUGGACCUCACCGUGUACAUGAUCCAGGUCAACGGAAACUGGCUACUGGAGAACAUGUCGCAGAAUGCCCGCGAAAUGGUCCAGGAUCUGAAAACUUUGCCCAAAAGAAAUGGCAAUAUCCGGAACAUGGGAUUAAGGCAAGUACUGCGCGCCUGGCAGCGUGUUUGGGAAAGAUGUAUGCGUCUGGACAGAGUUCUUCAGCAGCUCUUGGAGAUCUUCCAAUGGCAGCUGCUCUUCAACCUCCUGACCACCUACAUUUUCAACAUAGCCACCCUGUUCCGGAUGUGGAUCUACAUAGAGUACGAUCAGAAUUUCCAUUUGUGGAAAGGUAUUCUCUCUGCGAUUAUUUUCCUCGUCCACCACGUGGAAAUUAUGAUGCAGUUUUCCGUUUUUGAAAUUAAUCGUAAAAAAUGGCAGGAGCUUUUCGAUUCUAUGGAAGGACUUUGGUUUAUGACUUGUUUUGGUAACCGGUGUGAAAGCCGACACGAAUUGGUGCUCUCCAGGAAGCUCGAGUUUUUCCUUUUGUAUCUAAGUCGGAAGCUUCAGAGAGAACCUCAGAGGGUGCGGCGCCUUCACAUAGCUGGGCUUUUUGAUUUGAGCCUUCAUUCAGUUCAUCGAAUGACCCGCUCGGUAGUGAGCAACGUCCUGGUUCUCUGUCAGAUUGCGUACAAGAUAUAUGGUUGAGGACCUAAAAAGCUUUUCGAAAGCUUCAGCAUCACUGGGGUGGUAUCCUUUUCGGACAACUUUGUGUCCUUUUUAUAUCCCAGCAUUGUUUUUAUAUCCCAGCAAACCAUACUUGGAGACUUGC